GAUCGGCAGUUCCGCCUCGAUCGCCCUCCUCUCUCUCGCUCGGCCGCGAUCGCACGCACGGCGGCACGGCGGAGAGACGGCACACCGCCACGCCCCGACCGGCCUGGCCUCCCUCUAGAUUUCCCUCUCCUCCUCUGCCCCGCGCGCGCCGGGGCCGGAGGGUCGGUCGAUGGGCAACGCGAGCGGCAGGCUGGAGGACAUCGCGGACGCCGAGAUGGACGAGGGCCGCGGCCACGUGCGGCGCGCUUCGUCUACGGGAUACGUCGGGGGCGUGAGGGGUGGCGGCGGAGGUGGCGCCGCAGGAGGGGGUGGAGGGUCGUCCUCGCCGGGAAGCCCCCCGCGGCCGCACUCGCCGCGCAUGUUCGUGCCCCAGAGCCCUGUAACUCCACUGCAAAGAGCUUCAGAUGUGCCACCUCCGGUGUUCAACCAGAUAUUGAUGCGUGAUCAGGAUGAUUCCGACGGCCCCCCUCCAAAGAGGAUCCCUACUUUGCUUGUGUGGCCUCAUGGAGGCAAGUGUAUUUUCGUGGAAGGAUCAUGGGAUCACUGGACAUCAAAGAAAACCGUCCAGAAAUCUGGGAAAGACCACACCAUCCUGUUAGAGCUACCAUCAGGAGUUUACAGGUACAGAUUCAUCGUCGAUGGAGAAAGAAGAUACCUCCCCGAUCUUCCCUGUGAGACCGACAACGUGGGCAACAUCGUGAACCUUCUUGACGUGAAUGACUUUGUGCCCGAAAGUGUGGAGAGCGUGUCGGAGCUGAUGGCGCCCCCCUCCCCGGACUCGAGCUACGGGUUCCAGAUCCCCGAGGACAAGGAGUUCGCCAAGGAGCCCCCCACCCUCCCGGCGCAACUCUAUCUGGGCGUGCUCAACUCGCGGAGCGCGGAGCAGCGGGAGUGCGCGCGGCCGAGGCAUGUGGUGCUGAACCACCUCUACAUCGAGAAGGGGUGGGGCGCGCAGCCGCUGGUGGCGCUCGGCCACACCCACCGGUUCCGGUCCAAGUACGUCACCACCGUCCUCUACAAGGCCAUCGAGCGAUAGCGCUUACCGUAGCGCAUGAAGCCGCUGCCGCCGAACGCAAGCGAGAGGAUUUUCGCCCCUCAUGUCUGCGCCGGUCGGAUCGUGCACAAUUGCAUAAACAAGCUGUAAUUUUCAAAUAGAGAUCAUGUUCAUUUUUUCUGUUGAGACAACUGCAGUCAUUUGUCAAGAAUAAAAUCAGAGUAACACAAGAUUA